UGCUCUUUGCAAUCUCUUCCUCGCUCAAUUUCUCCCUCUGCCCAUUCAUGGCGUCCUCUUCUUGGUCUUCCGCUACCAAAUAUUCUGACUUAAAACCCAUGGCUAUUGUGGGUGAUAAUUAUGGAUAUCUUCACUCUCUCAGACGGGAUUUCGCCCCUUUCUUCAAAUCCAACUCAAGUUUUAGCUCCAGUAUUUUGUCUCUUUCCCUCACCCGGAAAUUGCCCAGAAAAACAUUUCAAGUGAAUUCAGUCAGUGUUCCAACUGAAUCAGUUGCUGGAUUCGAUGAAAUGGUAUCGGGGACUCAGCGCAAGUAUUACAUGCUUGGUGGAAAGGGGGGAGUCGGAAAGACUAGCUGUGCUGCAUCACUAGCUGUUAAGUUUGCAAAUAAUGGCCAUCCAACUCUAGUGGUUUCAACUGAUCCUGCUCAUUCUUUAAGUGACUCCUUUUCCCAGGAUCUAACUGGGGGGAGAUUGGUACCCGUUGAAGGUCCCAUUUCUCCACUGUUUGCCCUUGAGAUAAACCCUGAACAAGCAAGGGAAGAAUUUCGAAGUGCCAGCAAGAGCAAUGGUGGGAGCGGGGUAAAAGACUUCAUGGAUGGAAUGGGUCUGGGAUUAAUUGCAGACCAGCUUGGGGAACUAAAGCUUGGAGAGCUUCUGGAUACACCUCCUCCAGGCCUUGAUGAAGCUAUCGCAAUUUCGAAGGUUAUUCAGUUUCUUGAAUCUCAAGAAUACAACAUGUUCACACGGAUAAUAUUUGAUACUGCCCCCACCGGUCAUACUCUGCGACUUUUGUCAUUGCCGGACUUCUUAGAUGCAUCCAUUGGGAAGAUAUUAAAGUUAAGACAGAAGAUUUCUUCGGCUACUUCAGCCAUAAAAUCUGUAUUUGGCCAAGAAGAAAAUCGGCAGGAUAGUGCCGACAAGUUAGAGAAACUAAGGGAGAGAAUGAUAAAAGUGAGAGAACUUUUCCGUGACACGAACUCUACAGAGUUUGUAAUAGUAACAAUUCCAACGGUGAUGGCAAUCAAUGAAUCAUCAAGAUUAAGUGCAUCAUUAAGGAAAGAAAGUGUUCCCGUCAAGAGACUAGUUGUUAACCAAGUUCUUCCCGCUUCUGCCUCUGACUGCAAGUUCUGUGCGAUGAAGAGGAAGGAUCAAACGCGUGCUCUCAGCAUUAUUGAGAGUGAUCCAGAGCUCUCCAAGCUGACCAUGAUCCAAGCACCUCUUGUUGACAUGGAAAUCAGAGGUGUACCUGCUCUCCAGUUUUUAGGGGACAUGGUUUGGAAAUAAAUCAUGUUCGGUUAUGGUAGAUAUCAGGUUUUCGUGCAGCAACAAUCUCAAAGUAUUCCUUUUCAUCUUGGACUCAGUUGUGCGUGUUAGGCUUCAUCCAUCAUGGGGCCAAUCUUCACACAUCCACAUCUUAGUCUGCAGAAACAUAUGAGCCUUCGAAGUUGUAGUCGCAUAAACUAAUGAAUCACAAGCUAUAUGAACUUGGCUUUGUGUUCCUUACAGGAGCUCUGUUGUUCACACAAAAGUUCGUGGACAGGGCAAAGCGAUGAAUAUAGUUAUCGUAGAACUAUUAGUUCCUAGAGAUGUAUAACUAUGCUAUCACUUGCUUAUACAUCGAUUGUAGUUUAUUUAUGUAUAACACCUUGGAAUUCUUUCGAUUUAUGUUUGAUUACAAUGUGGAGUUGUCUCUCCAUCUAUUGUACUUAUGUUUGAUAUGGUAAAGAAAAUUGGGAUUGGCUGGCA